UUAGCCUUUCCCUGGUUUGGCCUGGAUAUCGGAGGCACCUUGGUCAAACUCGUGUACUUCGAACCAAAGGACAUCACUGCCGAAGAGGAGGAGGAGGAAGUGGAGAACCUCAAAAGCAUCCGAAAAUACCUGACGUCAAACGUAGCCUACGGCUCCGCAGGCGUUCGGGACGUGCACCUUGAGCUAAAGGAGCUUACCCUGUGUGCACGUAAAGGCAAUCUGCACUUUAUACGCUUUCCUACCCAUGACAUGCCUGCUUUUAUUCACAUGGGCAGCGAGAAACACUUCUCAAGCCUCCAUACUACCUUAUGUGCCACGGGAGGUGGAGCAUACAAAUUUGAGCAGGACUUUCGCACAAUGGGCGACCUUCAGCUCUGCAAGCUGGAUGAACUCGACUGCCUCGUCAGAGGAGUUCUGUACAUCGAUUCAGUUGGAUUCAAUGGACACUCGGAAUGCUACUAUUUUGAAAACCCGACGGAUGCUGAACGGUGCCAGAAGCUCCCGUUCAACUUGGAGAACCCCUAUCCCCUGCUCCUGGUGAACAUCGGCUCAGGGGUCAGCAUUUUGGCUGUGUAUUCCAAAGACAACUACAAGCGGGUAACGGGCACCAGUCUCGGCGGGGGAACCUUUUUUGGUCUCUGCUGCCUCCUCACGGGUUGCUCCACCUUCGAAGAGGCCCUGGAGAUGGCAUCCCACGGAGACAGCACUAAAGUGGAUAAACUCGUGCGGGACAUCUAYGGAGGAGACUACGAGCGCUUUGGAUUGCCAGGCUGGGCUGUWGCAUCCAGUUUUGGGAACAUGAUGAGCAAGGAGAAGCGAGAAUCCGUCAGCAAGGAGGACCUCGCAAGGGCCACUUUAGUCACCAUCACCAAUAACAUCGGCUCCAUAGCACGGAUGUGUGCCCUUAACGAGAACAUCAAUCGAGUGGUUUUUGUUGGCAACUUCCUUCGGAUCAACACGAUCUCAAUGAGGCUUCUGGCCUAUGCUUUAGACUACUGGUCAAAGGGACAGUUAAAAGCACUUUUCUUGGAACAUGAGGGUUAUUUUGGUGCAGUCGGUGCUCUCCUGGGACUCCUGGAUUCAGCCUGACUCCAUGUGGAUUCUGUGCUUGGACCUACGGAGCAGGGACCCUUCCCGGGUCACAGUGCCCACGUUUAUAUAAUUUUUGGAGCCUCCGUUUGCAGCAACUUGUGUGAGACCCAGUGAGGACAGGAGGGGAGAGGCCGUGGGGCUGUUUUUGCACCAGUGGAAGCUGGUGCUCAGUUGCAGUGUUGGUUUGCUCAGCAGGAGCAGCAACGUUGCCCCAACGGGGCGCUGUGUUGGCAGCAUCUGUAGGGCUUUGGGUUACUUAUAUYGAGCAGCCCUUUUGUGGCUGCUUCUCCGUACGUUCAAGGCGGCAACGCAGGAGGAGCCUUGUGCUGUUUCCGUCCAUGGAGGCGCUUCCCAAGCGUCUCCCUGGCUCAAGACACCACCGUUGGGCCGGGAAUCACCCRCAGAAGGGCACGAGCAUCAGCGCAGCCCCGGCACGUGGAGCUGCCAGGACCCCCUGUGCCCUAGGGAGGCUGCCAGGCGCCCUGUGUGUGGAUCUUGGUGCUCAGCGCAACCUCCUGCCUGUUGUUGCAGCCCUUCCCCGCUCCCUGCGUUCCCCUUGGACCGGGAUGCGGAGCGCCAGGACAGGGCAUCACCCGCCACCCUCUAACAGCAAGCUGCAAGGUGACACUUGCUUUUUGUCCCUGUUGUAACAACUGUUCAGUAUAACUCUACCAAAGAGGUUUCUCUCCCUUCCAUUCGUGUCUGGGGCUCUUCUCCAUGGGGUCGUUCCGCAGAUCCUUGCUCUUUGUCCCCAGACGUGUGUGGCUCCCGGGGGAGCCUCUUCUGCAGGUGGCUCCGGCUUUGGAAGCAGUUUCCUGACGACGAGUGAAUCCACUCGGAUGGAGUUAACAGGGUGCCUGUAAACUCAUUUUCCUUCCUUCUCUCCCUCCCCAUGUUCUUUUCCGAAAUUCUUCC